CCCGCCCUGACCCGCCCUCCUCCUCAGUCACAGACAAUUCCCAGGCGAAAGCUCUGCAGACGGGACCCCGGAGUUUUCCACCAUGCGCCCGGAGGACGAGAGCAGCUGCAAAGAAGAAAUUUCGCGAGUAUGCCCGGAAGAACCAGGCGGAGCUGGGCUUUGGUACCCAGCCCCUGGUCCCGUGCGCGGCUUCCCGAGGGGCAGCAGGAGCCGGGACCUGCUGGAGCAGAACCGCUCCGCCAGCCUGCGCCUGGAGGACCUCCGACGGCGGCUGCUGCGCGCCUUCCAGCGCGCGGUGCCGCGCGAGAGCCUGCGGCGCGCCCGGGAGGAGGCAGAGGCGGCGGCGCGCGAGGAGCAGAGCCGGGAGCGCGUGGAGGGCGCACUCGCCGGGCUGCGAGCCGAGUUGCUGGAGAUGCGUUUCCAAAACCGUCAGCUGGCCAGAACUUUACUGGAUUUGAACAUGAAAAUGCAGCAGUUGAAAAAAGAAUAUGAAUUGGAAGUUGGAGGGAAAUCUCGAAGGCUGGAAGAUAAUGCUGUGGAUCCUGAAAACGGAAACGCACACUUAAACAUCUGAACCUCAGGCUCAUGCCGACCACACUGAACAGUUCUGGCGCUAACUUUAUGCAUACUUUGUAUAAGAUUCGAGGGAUAAUUUUUAAAUCAAAUGCUUAAAUGCCAGGGAUAGGGGAGAAUGGUGGGACAAAACGAUGUUAACAAAUUUUAUGGCUAUUUAUUCAUUAUUUUGGCAGGAAAGUAACAAUUUAAAAACCAAACGUGGAUGAGUGCCUUAAUGUUAACUUCUAGC